AACCAAGCUAUAAGAUAUUUACAAUAUGUGGUACAGCAACAAAAUAAUACUGAUCCUGCAAUCCACAAUUUUCUGUUAACACUUUACGCCACACAGCCAACUCAUGAUGAAGCUGCUUUAUUACAAUUUUUGGCAACAGAG